AUGUCUUCCACAGAGCUCGAAUCCCCCUCCCAGUUGGAGGAUUUCGUAUCCUGGUUGGCCAAAGACCCCCGCGUCAGGAUCAAUCCAAAUGUCCGUAUAGCUGAUUUGAGAUCUCAAGAUGCUCGAAGAGGUAUCGUGGCUCAGACGGAUAUCCCCGAGGGCGAAGAACUCUUUGCUAUUCCCCGCGGUAUCGUCCUCUCGACUAAUAACUCGAAGUUGAAAACUCUACUCGCUCAGGAUCUGGAGGGGCUUGAUCCAUGGUUCUCCUUGAUCCUGGUCAUGAUCUACGAGUAUCUGUUGGCAGAGAAAUCCAUGUGGGCUCCGUAUCUCAGGGUCCUGCCUACAGACUUUGACACGCUGAUGUUCUGGUCAGAGUCAGAACUGUGUGAACUUCAGGGGAGCGCAGUUGUCGAUAAAAUCGGCAGGCAGUAUGCCGAGGAAGCUAUUCUCGAGAAAAUUGCACCCAUUGUUCAUCGGAAUCCGUCUCUCUUUCCACCUGUCCAUGGUCUCCCUUCGUAUGAAGGUGACGCUGGGACACAAGCUCUCCUGAGACUUGCUCAUAUCAUGGGCUCCCUGAUAAUGGCCUACGCGUUCGAUCUUGAAAAGACCGAGGAAGAUGAAAACAAGGAGGGCGAAGAUGGUUAUAUCACUGAUGAGGAGGAGGAACAGUUGUCCAAGGGCAUGGUUCCUCUUGCUGAUCUUCUCAACGCAGAUCCGGAUCGGAACAAUGCUCGGCUUUUCCAGGAGGAAGAGUUUCUGAUUAUGAAGACAACGAAGCUAAUUAAGGCGGGCGAACAAAUUUUCGAUGAUAAUGGAGAAAUUCCCCGAGCAGAUCUGCUAAGGAGAUACGGUUACAUCUCAGACAGCUACGCCCCUUACGAUGUGGUCGAACUAUCCUUGAAAACUAUCUGCCAGGCCGCUGGCCUCGAGAAUGCCAAUAUCGAAAUUCAUCCCCAGCUGCAGUUUCUUGAAGAACUUGAACUACUUGAUGAUGGAUACAUCAUUCCAAGGCCUACCCCGGAAACUUCUUUGGAAGAUGCUCUCUCGGAUGAGUUAAUACUGCUGCUUCGAACGCUUGCAUUAACGCCGGAGCAGUUUCAGAAGCAGGUGUCUAAGCACAAACCACCAAAGCUCUCCUUCGGCCUGCCGGAAGCGACGAUCCUCCAAAAGGCAGUGCUAAUGACAUGCGAACGAUACAGCACGAAUAUCCCUCAAGACAGAGAAAUUUUGGCAAAACUGGAUCAGCUAAAAUCCUCCGGUCCACUGGAAACGUUCUCUCGACGACAGAAGAUGGCCAUCCAAGUCCGUAUCGGUGAGAAAGAAAUCCUGGAGAGUUUACAUGCUCAACUGGACAGCCUUGUGGCCGCCAAUAGCGAGUCGACCCUAAAACGCGACGCUCACGGCGACAUUGAUGACUCCAGAAGAACCAAGGUUCGGAGAACUUGA